CACCAUUGUUAACAUUACCGAAAGUAAUUAAUAAUUUAAAGGGAAAGAAUCAAUGGGGAAGCAAGAAUGGGGCUUCCAAGAGAACCAUGAACUGCAUGCAGCUGCAGCUUUCACCAUCAGAAACAUCCUUGAAUCCAUCAUGGGAAACAUCGAUGAAAAACGAUCGGGGAAACCCAAGAUUCAUCUCGGACAUGGUGAUCCUUCGGUUUAUCCUUGCUUUCGAACAUCUACAUCGGUUGAAGAUGCUCUAGUAGAAUCCAUUCGAUCCGCUAAGUUCAACUGUUAUCCUGCUGGUGUUGGCAUUGACCCUGCAAGAAGUGCAAUUGCUGAGCUUUUGUCAAAAGAUCUUCCCUACAAGAUAGAAACUGAUGAUGUUUUCCUCACUGCUGGAGGAAACCAUGCAAUCGAAAUCUUGCUAACUGUUCUUGGUCACCCCGGUGCCAAUAUACUCUUUCCUAGACCGAACUAUCCAGUAUACGAAGCCCGAGCAAGGUUUAGCCCACUCGAGGUUCGUCAUUAUGAUCUCCUCCCCGAGAAAGGUUGGGAAGUUGAUCUUGAUGGUGUCAAAGCAUUGGCGGACAGUAACACUGUUGCUAUUGUUCUAAUUAACCCUGGGAAUCCUUGUGGGAAUGUUUUCACAUUUGAUCAUAUGCAAAAGAUUGCAGAAACAGCAAGAGAAAUUGGGAUGCUGAUUAUAUCCGACGAAGUUUAUGCUCAUCAAGUGUUUGCAGAUAAACCCUUUAUCCCCAUGGGUGUGCUUGGUGAUAUAGCACCAGUUUUGACUCUUGGAUCAUUAUCAAAACGAUGGAUCGUUCCUGGUUGGCGUUUUGGCUGGAUCGCGAUAACUGAUCCAACCAGCAUUCUUCAACAAACUGGGGUUGCUGGAUCCUUAAAGAGUUGUCUCACAAUAUCUGCUGAUCCUCCAACUGUUAUUCAGGGUGCGAUUCCUCACGUCAUCAAGAAUACACCGGAAUCUUUCUUCUUAAACAUCAACAAGUUACUUAAGGAAGCAGCGGAUAUGUUUUUCGAGAAAAUUAAGGAAGUACCGAACGUUACAUGCCCACAUAAACCUGAGGGAUCGAUGUUCGCCAUGGUGAAGUUAAACAUACCGGCUUUUGAAGACAUAGUUGAUGAUACCGACUUCUGUACGAAGUUGGCUAAAGAGGAAUGCAUGGUCCUUUUCCCUGGUGAUGCGGUUUGUUUGAAGAACUGGGUUCGAGUGAGUUUCGCGACCGAGCCAAAGGUACUCGAUGAUGCAAUUGAGAGGAUGAAAGCGUUUUGCAUGAGACAUGCAAAACAUAUGUAGUAGAAUACAUGUGACAAUGGAAAUUUGGUGCAUCCAAAAUAAAGUAUUUGAUUUGGACUUGAAUAAUGAUUUAUGAUUUUAGCUGUUAAAAGCUUAGUGUUAAACAUGAAACCUUUGAUUUGAAAUGA